AUGAACGAUCUGUCUAAAUAUGCAAAAUAUAUCUUAAAUGGAGACUUGGUUGCAAUACCAACUGAAACUGUGUAUGGAUUGGGUGGAAAUGCUUGCGACAAAUCUUCAAUAUUAAAAAUUUUUAAAAUUAAGGGAAGGCCAAGAAACAAUCCAUUAAUAUGCCAUGUACACAGCUUCAAAUUUGCGGAAGAUAAUGUUUUCGAAUUAUCUGAAAAGACUAGAGUCAUUUAUAAAAUUUUAACCGAUAAAUUCUGGCCAGGCCCAUUAACAUUGAUCGCUAAAAAAAGAGCUAAUAUUGUAGAUGAAGUUGCAAUUUCGGGCAAAGUUGGAGUUAGAUGUCCUAACAACGCAUUAACUUUAGAAUUGCUUAAAUUGUUGCCCGUCCCUGUUGCUGCACCUUCGGCAAACCGUUCAGGGCAUAUAAGUCCCACAAGUCCUAUUCAUGUGUCGAAGGAAUUCGAUCAAAGUUAUAUGAAUGAAAUUGGAAUUAAUGUUUGGAUCUUGGAUGGAGGCGAAUGUUGCAAUGUAGGAAUAGAAUCUACAGUUUUAGAGUAUAAUGAAGAUGGUAACUUUAUUUGUAUAUUUAGAUGCGGCGGAAUUUCUAGAAAACAGAUUUGGAAAACUUUGAUUGACAACUACCAAAACAGCAAUGAGUGGAUUAAAGACAUUAGAAUAAAUUACUUCAAUAAUAAUAAAUUAUCUUCGAGUAACUACCCACCACCCUAUGAUUCAAUUACAGUUAGUCCUGGAAUGGAUAUCAAACAUUAUUCGCCAACGAUUAGUACUAAAUUAGUAGCAUUUGUUUCAGAUACUCAAGAAUAUACAGCUAUAAAAUUUGAUUUAAGAAACGUAGUAUUGAUUGAUAUUGGAUCCAAGCUUUCAUUUCUCAAGUGUUUUGUCCGUUAUUACUUUUCUUUGUGUGACGACUAUGAUUUUUCUUUAGCAUGCAAAAACUUGUUUUCAACUUUACACAAAGCUGAGGAUUUGGCUAAUAGCUUUGACCAACCUUCUUCUGCUUGCAUUCUUAUCACAGGAUUUGAGACAGAAGAUAAUAUUUCAUUAGCUCUUUGGGAUAGAGUUUAUAGAGCUUCAUGCGGAGAGUUUAUUUAUUGUAAUUUGAACGAAAUAAAGAUUCAAGAUAAAUAUAUUAAAACAUUUUACCAAAAUAAUAAAAGGCAAUGA